CGUUAAGCCCCCCCCUUUUCCUUGUUUCCCUCCGUAGAUAAGCUCUCCCAGACUCCAACAAAAGCCGUUUCACCACAUUUUCACUCAUUCUUCUGUCAGUUUGGUGCUAUUUACCUCACGACAAGAAUAUGCCGGCUUGGUGGGGAAGGAAGUCAUCUUCUAAGAAGAGCCUCAAAUGCCCGCAACCCAAUUCUCCGAGCAGCGCAAAGAAUGAUGACAGCGAGCGGGUUGUUCGAAGCGAUAGGCCCAAGAGCUUCGAUGGGGUCUCUACAACCGCGGCAGUGAGGAAUUUGCAUAGGAGUAGCAGAGAAUUUUCUAGUGAAAGAAGCUCUUCUGGGUUUUCCGGCUUUGACAGAGCGCUUCCGUUGCCAAAGCCGUCUUCCUCGAAUGAAUAUGGAAUUGGAUUGGUGUCUGCGUCCGAGUCAGGAUCCAGCGUGAGCUCUUCUGGCUCAGGUGACGAUCAUCUCAGCACCUCUCAAGCUCAAUUGUCUUCUUUCAGAGGUGCUGGAGGAAAUAGGCUGAGACCGCUAUCUCGAAGCCCAGUUAGAUCAAGAGCGUCUACCACCACACAUUCACCUCUACAUCCACGGUUAUCCGGUGUUAGUUUGGAUUCCCCCACAGGGAAGUCUGACGAUGGGAAAAGUGAAUGUCAUCGGCUGCCUCUCCCACCUACUUCUCCGACCAGCCCUUCUUUGUCAAAUCCAAGAACUUGUGUCACUGAAAGCUCAAGCGGUAUUUUGUCACGAUGGAAGAAAGGCAGGCUUCUAGGUCGAGGCACAUUUGGCCACGUAUAUCUUGGAUUCAGCAAUGAGAAUGGGAAAAUGUGUGCAAUUAAAGAAGUAAAAGUUGUUGCAGAUGAUCAGACAUCCAAAGAAUGCCUUAAGCAAUUGAACCAGGAAAUCAUUUUGCUCAGUCAGUUUUCACAUGCAAACAUUGUUCAAUACUAUGGAAGUGAACUGGGUGAAGAAACACUCUCAGUUUACUUGGAGUAUGUUUCUGGAGGUUCCAUCCAUAAAUUGUUGCAAGAAUAUGGGCCAUUCAAGGAACCGGUUAUUCAGAACUAUGCCAGAAAAAUUCUAUCUGGCCUUGCAUACUUGCAUGCAAGAAACACUGUGCAUAGGGAUAUCAAAGGAGCAAAUAUAUUAGUAGAUCCCGAUGGUGAAAUCAAACUUGCUGAUUUUGGCAUGGCUAAGCAUGUAGAUUAAUUCAUCCACUUCAAUGCUCUCUUUCAAAGGCAGCCCCUAUUGGAUGGCACCUGAGGUAGUUAUGAAUACAAAUGGCUACAGCCUUGCAGUGGAUAUAUGGAGCUUAGGGUGUACGAUUAUUGAAAUGGCCACAUCAAAACCACCUUGGAGUCAAUAUGAAGGGGUUGCUGCCAUAUUUAAAAUUGGAAACAGCAAAGAUAUGCCUGGAAUACCUGGCCACCUAUCGAAUGAUGCUAAAAGUUUUAUAAAGUUAUGUUUGCAGCGAGAGCCAUCUGCACGUCCUACAGCGGCACAGCUUCUGGACCACCCUUUUAUUACUGAUCUAAGGGGGGUGAGAGGAUUAACCCAUGUUAAUGUUGUAAAUAAGGAUACUCAUUCUUGCCUCAACGAUGGAAUUCGCACCGCGCCGGCUAGUGACUUACAUCCCUGCCGAUCCAACAUGUGGUCUCUUGAGGUCCCCAGAGCCAUGAUCAGCUCAAGGGACUGUACAAGAAGUAUCACAUCGUUGCCUGUGUCUCCCUGUUCAAGCCCUCUGAGGCAACAUGAACCAGCACGCCGGAGCUGUUACCUCUCCCCGCAACACCCAUCCUAUCCUCCCACUGGCCAAACUGGAUAUUAUAUGAACGACUACUCAGCAUUUCCAACAAGGCCGAAUCCAAGAAGCACGCUAGAUUCGUUCCCAGAGAUCCAGCAAUUUAGCACUCAAACAACACCUAGUAGAUCCUUAAGAAACUAGACCCAUUCUUUAGAGCUGAUCCCAGCAACAGAAUGAAGCUGAUCUUCCGAUGACCUGGAAAGCUUGCUGAUGCCUAUAAUAGAAACGGGCAUGCACAUUCCUAUUUAUGAUGUGCCAAAUGAGUGGUUGUAUUAUUAAGUUGUGGCUUUUCCUGUGCUAUUGGCAUGUCAAAAUAUUCAAGAAAAUAGGAAUUAUUUUCAGCUAAUCAUGAAUGUGUAAUGUGCGGUGGUUGUAAUUACUAAUUAGUUAAGGUCUUUCUCUUUUUAUCACUUCUUGCUUUUAAAUGUAAAUAGAACGUAUCAGUUUUUAUGACAAAUAAUGAAGUACCUUGUUGACUUGUUCCUCGGAACUCUA